ACAAAAAACAAAGGAGAAGGGACGACAGUUGAUACCCCAGACAGCUCUAUUCAAGUUUAUGAAUGAUUUACUCUUAAGGGUGGCAAGACUUAAUGCAAAUGAACACAGAGGAAACUGUCAGCUCCAUUGUGGUUCGACCAAUAGAAGCACAGCUCCAUCUUGGCUGUGCACUAGACUGCAUUACAAACAGACGAUACCAUCGCUUCAACAGCAUCCUCUCAGACAAGAGUCACUAUUUCCUGAUUCAGAUCACCUGUCAUCGAAGAUUAAAGGAGGGGAAACAGAAGACAGAAAUACACUGAACCAAAAAGAUUCAAAAGAGCAAUAUAAAGAAGUGGCAUCUCUAAGAAUGGCUUCCCGCCACUGGAAUGAAACCACUACCUCUGUUUAUCAGUACCUUGGUUUUCAAGUUCAAAAAAUUUACCCUUUCCAUGACAACUGGAACACUGCCUGCUUUGUCAUCCUGCUUUUAUUUAUAUUUACAGUGGUAGCUUUAGUGGUGCUGGCUUUCCUUUAUGAAGUGCUUGACUGCUGCUGCUGUGUAAAAAACAAAACCGUGAAAGACUUGAAAAGUGAACCCAACCCUCUUAGAAGUAUGAUGGACAACAUCAGAAAACGUGAAACAGAAGUGGUCUAACAUGACAGAAGAUCAACAAAAUCUCUGAAAGCAGCUCAACCUCCUCCAAGAAAAAAAAAAAAAUCUUCUGAAGCCAACUGUUACGACAAAACAAAUUCUGACUGAAUGUUUAAAAGAUUUCUAGUGGAAGGGGAAAAACAAGUUAAAUAUGCACUGCUUGUGUGUGUAGCCUUUGCAUUAAAUAUACAGUAAAACUUCACAAAUGUGAAUUUACGCUAUUUAAUGCUGACACUUCAAAAAAAUGGAUAAAAGAUUCCUAGAGUUCAAUAUUGAGCACCAAAAGGUAAGCUGGAAAACACAAGCAAGGCUAAUGAUGCUAAAAUAAUUUUAUAACUGACCAAUUCAUGUAGAUCAAAAAAUUGUGUGUUGGUAAGAAGAUGCUAUUUAAAAUGUGUUUCUAAGUCUAAAGUAAAAUACUUUCACUCAUAUAUAAAUCCCUAUUUAUUAAAAAGUACUAUUUUCUAAUUUAUUGAAAACAACUUACGUAACUAUUUAACGACUUGAGUUUUAUACAGGAUAUGACUAAGUCUCAAAAUAAUCAAAAAUGCCACAGUAUAUUUGCAUAAAAUUCCCACAAAACUGUUAAGUUAGAAAUGCAUGAUAUAGGCCAGGUGCGGUGGCUCACACCUGUAAUCCCAGCACUUUGGGAGGCCGAGGUGAAUGGAUCAAGAGGUCAAGAGAUCGAGACCAUCUUAGCCAACAUGGUAAAACCCUGUCUCUACUAAAAAUACAAAAAUUAGCUGGAGGUGGUAGCACGUGCCUGUAGUCCCAGCUACUCGGGAGGCUGAGGCAAGAGAAUCGCUUGAACCUGGGAGGUGGAGGUUGCAGUGAGCCAAAAUCACAGCACUGCACUCCAGUCUGGUGACACCAAGACUCUGUCUCAAAAAAAAAGAAGAAAAAGAAAAAGAAAUGCAUGAUAUAGGAAAGGCCUAGUCUAUUUUCAAACUAAAACUUACUACUACACCCCUUCAUUUCCUGAGUUUGUUCUUUCAUUUUACCUCUCAUAGUCAUACUCUCAAAGGCUAAGAUAACCUAGGCAGAAAACACUGCAAAAAGGCCAUUGAACACCUGCUGAGAAACAAGGUAGUUUUAUUUCUUGGAAUUCCAAGGGCUAUAUAGAUAUUUUGUGACCUUAACACUAGCUAUCACCCAUGAGCAAAUCAAAGCAUGUUCUUAACCACUAUACUACCCUUAAGACAGAAAUGCCACUCCUGGGACUAUAUCCUGAGCACUUAGUUCAAAUGUAAAAAUUUAAGGUACAAAGAUUUUUACAGUGGCACUACUCAAAAUAACAAAAAAUUGGAAAUAACUAAGCUUUUUUUUUUUUUUUUUUUUGAGACAAGGUCUCAUUCUGUUGCUAGCCUGAAACACAGUGGCACAAUCUCAGCUCACUGCAACCUCUGCCUCCGGGUUCAAGCGAUUCUCCUGCAACAGCCUUCCAAGUAGCUGGGACUACAGGCACGCCACCACGCCCAGCUAAUUUUUGUAUUUUUAGUAGAAACAGGAUUUCACCAUGUUGGCCAGGAUGGUCUCCAUCUCCUGACCUAGAGAUCUGCCCACCUCAGCCUCCCAAAGUGCUGGGAUUACAGGCGUGAGCCACUAUACCCAGCCAUAACUGAGCUUUCAAUUAAAUAUGCCACAUCAACUUAAUGGAUUAUUAAAAAGCAACUGGAGCUGGGCACAGAGGCUCACACCUAUAAUCCCAGCACUUUAGGAGGCUGAGGUAGGCGGGGAGGCCGAGGCGGGCUGAUCUCAAGGUCAGGAGAUUGAGACCAUCCUGACCAACAUGGUGAAACCCCAACUCUACUAAAAUACAAAAAAUUAGCCAGGCAUGGUGGUGCAUGCCUGUAGUCCCAGCUACUUGGGAAGCUGAGGCAGGGAAAUCGCUUAAACCCGGAGGUGGAGGUUGCAGUGAGUCAAGACCGUGCCACUACACUCCAGCCUGGUGACAGAGCAAGACUCCAUCUUAAAAAAAAAAAAAUAGCCACUGAAAAUUCUGACACGAUUAAAAAAUGUAUAUAUUUAAAACUAAGGUCCAGGUGCGGUGGCUCACACUUAUAAUCCUAACACUUUGGGGAGGCCGAGGUGGGCAGAUCACUAUGUCAGGAGUUCAAGAUCAACUAGCCAACAUAAUGAAACCCCAUCUUUACUAAAUAUACAAAAAAAAAAAAAAAAAAAAAUAGCUGUGCAUAGUGGCGGGCACCUACAGUCCCAGCUACUUGGAAGGCUGAGGCAGCAAAAUCACUUGAACCUGGGAGGCAGAGGUUGCAGUGAGCCAAGAUGACACCACUGCACUCCAGCCUGGGUGACACAGACAGACUCUGUCCCCUCCCAGAAAAAAAGAAAUAAACUCAGAAUAUAAAAGUUUUAAUAAAAUUAUUGAUAAUAAUAUAAAUUAAUACACAUAUCAGUAAGGUCUGAAAACAAACAUGGAGAAUUAGAAUAGCUGGUAUAUUAAGAGGGCUAUGGGGACCAAAAAAAGCCCUAGGUAUUAUAAAAGGCUUGUUUUUUUAAAAUCUCCACUACUGAUGGAAUUUUUUUAUGUGCAAUAAAUGACUGUGGUAAAGAGAGGAAAUCUGUUAUUUUCAAUUUAAAGAAUCUUGGCCAGGCGUAGUGGCUUACACCUGUAAUCCCUGCACUUUGGGAGGCCAAGGCAGGUGGAUCACCUGAGGUCAGGAGUUUGAGACCAGCCUGGUUGAGAUGGUGAAACCCCAUCUCUACUAAAAAUACAAAAAUAAUUAGCCAAACAUAGGGGUGGGAUACCUGUAAUCCCAGCUACUCGGGAGGCUGAGGCAGGAGAAUCACUUAAACCCGGGAGGCAGAGGUUGCAGUAAGCCAAGAUUGCGCCAUUGCACUCCAGUCUGAACAAGAAUGAAAUUCCGUCUCAAAAAAGAAAAGAAUCUUAAUUGCCAAUUUGAAACCACUCUUCCACAAAGUUAUUUUUUAUAUUUAAAAGGACUCGUGAAGCUUCGGUAUAUAAAAUACUUUGGUAACCAAGAACUGAGCACUGUUAAAACCACAUACAUUUUCACAAAUGCUGGAUUCUUGGCAAUAGAUGGGAAGUAUACAGGUCCUUUAAUAACCAUAAUUUCUGGCCUAGCAGUGGCUCAUACCUGUAAUCCCAGCCCCUUGGAAGGCCAAAGCAGGUGGACCACCUGAAGGUCAGGAGUUCAAGACCAGCCUGACCAAUAUGACAGAGACAGGUGAAAUUCUGUCUUUACUAAAAACACAAAAAUUAGCCAGGCAUGGUGACAGGCACCUGUAGUCCCACAUACUUGGGAGGCUGAGAGGAGAACUGCUUGAACCCAUGAGGCGGAGGCUACAGUGAGCUGAGACCGCACCAUUGUACUCCAGCGUGGGUGACAAAAGUGAGACUCCAUCUCAAAAAAAAAAAAAAAAACUAUUUUUUAACAGUGUAUACUAUCAACUUUCUCCCACACCCUGUCAUGUAAUUUAUUUCGACAUUUAACAAAUAUUUAUUGAGUACUUACUACAUGUCAGCGAUUAGGCCAGAUACUGAGGGCAGAGUGGCAAACAAGGAAUCAUGUCAUUACAAUGGAGUACAUUGGGAGCUCCAUCAGAAAGAGUGAGUGUUAUAAGAACUCAAAGGUUAUACACUGAAUUCACACUGGAGAAUGAGAAUAAUAUGACUUUUAAGCUGAAACUUAAAAGAACAGGACAGAACCAAAAGAAAGAGUAGGAGGCAAGAAAGAAUAUUCCAGGAAGAGAAAACAGUAUGAGUAAAAGAGGCAUGAGAGAAUAAAGCAUAUUGGAGGAGCUACAAGUCAGUAUCACUAGGACAGAGUACAAGGAAAACAGGAUGAUACUAGGCCUAAGAGAUAAUUAGAGGCCCUAUCAGGCAGGCACAUAACAUAGGCUGCAAUAAAAACAUGACUUUAUCUGAAAAACAAUAAUGAUCAGCUUGAGCAGAAAGCAACAUGAUCUAAUGAGAAAAAUCACUGCUGUAUGAAGAAUGAACAGGAAAGAAGUUAAACCAGGAGACCUGGUUUAGUAAUCCAAUGACAGUGGCCUGAACUAGAGUAGCCUUUAGUGUUUCCACCCAAUAUUUCUAGCUCUCUUCAUUAAGAAAAGCAUGCACUUUGGAGCCCCCUAUGGUUGGGAAUAUAACUCUGGCCAAUGAGUGACUUGUGACUAACUCUGGUCAAUGAGCUGUGAGAGGAAGUGAUAUGUGUCACCUCCAGGCCACAGCACUUAACUGCUAGCGCAAGCUCUUCCAGAGUUGUUUUCCAGCUAGCACUGAACUCACAAGCAUUUGAGCUACCACUUGCUAUGUCAGCCCAGGUCCUUGAGCGACUAUAACUAGCUAAGAUUCCUGCCAGCCCAUGAUAAACAUGUAUCACAAAAGAGAAACAAGCUUUUGUUGUUUUAAGACACUGAAACUUUGGGAUUGUUACCACAACACAGUUUAUCCUAUUCUGACUAUCAGGGAUAACGCUGGCCAACCAAAGAGAAGUAAAGCGCUACAAAGGCUCUUCCUGCUGUUGAAUGGGACCUGCUGUUGGUGUGGAAGAUGAAAUUCACUAUUCAAUACCUGUAGCCUAACCUACAAAAUGCAAAGACAUUCUUGAGCAGAUCAAAGGUUCAAGUGGCUUAAGCCUAAGAGUGGUUGUGUUAAUGUUUAAAACGGUUUUUACAUUUUGUUUACGAUGAGUUAAUUCUAUGUAAAUUUCAAUGGAAUGACAAAUAAACCUACUGUAUAAGAAUGA